GCUGGACGGGAGCGCCCCGUUGUGUGUGUGUGGGGGGAACCGUGCACCACCAAGCCAGGCUGUUCCUACCUCCUUGCUCCCCUGCACACCUCAGCCUCCAUCCGUCCCCGGGGGUGAGCCUGUGAGUGAGUCACCAGCGGGAGCAAGCAAGAUGUUGCUAGCGACUAACUAACCUAGCAGGGGUGCUCAUGUGGGGCCUUGAACAGCAUUAACCUGGCGAUGAGCAGCACUGUGGCUAGCCCGAUGUCAACAGUUGCUUCUUCAAGCAGUGGAAGGGGGACAGGAAAAUCAACAAGCUUUACGCCUGAGCUGCAAAGUAUGAUGUUUUCCUUAGGAGAUGCUCGCAGGCCACUGCAUGAAACUGCAAUAUUGGUGGAAGACAUUGUCCACACUCAGCUGAUAAAUUUGUUGCAGCAAGCAGCUGAAGUUUCCCAGCUGAGAGGAGCUCGAGUCAUCUCUGCUGAAGAUCUCCUGUUUUUAAUGCGCAAAGAUAAGAAGAAGCUUAGAAGGCUACUUAAAUACAUGUUUUUUCGAGACUACAAAUCUAAAAUUGUCAAAGGCAUAGAAGAAGAUGACCUCAUUGAAGACAAAUUCAACAGUAACAACACCAACAAACGGCAGAAACUGGCUCAAGACUUUCUCAACUCCAUUGACCAGACUGGAGAGCUCCUAGCCAUGUUUGAAGAUGAUGAGAUUGAUGAUGUUAAACAAGAGCGGAUGGAGAGAGCAGAAAGACAAACACGAAUGAUGGACUCAGUCCAGUAUGCAGAAUUUUGUGAAAGUCGGCAAUUGAGUUUUUCAAAGAAAGCAUCCAAGUUUCGUGACUGGUUGGAUUGUAGCAGCAUGGAAAUAAAGCCAAACGCAGUUGCAAUGGAGAUUUUGGCAUAUUUAGCAUAUGAGACUGUGGCACAGUUGGUGGACUUGGCCCUUUUGGUUAAACAGGACAUGGCUCCCAAAGCUGGUGACCCGUUCAGUCAUGCCAUAUCUGCUACCUUCAUACAGUAUCACAACUCUACUGAGCCCCAUCUCUUAGGGCAGGCCACAAGUGUGAAGGCCAGUCUUGACUCUCCUGAGAACACACCACCUCCUACACCCACACCCCCAGCAUCAGCAGGACAGCAACACCUUGGGAAAAGCCAGGCAGGAGCCCUGGGAAAUGGUGGAAUUGGGCAGGACUCUACUAAAUCCAAACAAAGAAAAAGAAAAAAGAGCACUGCAGCCUGUGGUAUCGAGGCUCAAAGCGAUGCCAUCCAGCCCAGCCACAUCAGAGAGGCCAUUCGACGCUACGGCCACAAGAUUGGCCCCUUUUCCCCAUUCACAAGUGCCUACCGCAGAAAUGGGAUGACUUUUCUAGCCUGCUAAUAUGGAUGUGGCCGCAGCAACAGGAAAGACAGUGUUAUAUUAAGGUGAUUUUUCUUUUCCCCUCCGUGGAAGGAAAAAAAACACAAGCCCUAACGUCUCCGCGCGUACCAGCGAGUGGGCUGGUUUGUUGUGACUAUCUGCUGGCUGCCUCUGUCUCUUUUUCCAGCCCCCUCAAUCGUUAUUCUUGUUUACUAGCUGGACCGUUUAGCUAAUUAAUGGCAGGAUGUUUGGGAUAGCGUGUAGGUGGACAAGAAUGCAGAUCACACAGUUUUGGAAGUUGCCGUGGACUUGCUGCUGUCAGCCUGUUGCUCAAAUGCGGUGUCGUUUCUGCUCAAGUGUGUGGAAGUCUGUUUCGGUAGAGGUGUCUUGUACGGCAGGAUGGGGGGUAGAAAGAGGCCAAAGAUGGAAUGGGGUGUAUAGUCUUUCCCUGUGAUUUUUUUU